AUGAAGUCGUUCAUAGCCGCCCUUGCGCUUGUUGCGCCAGCCUACGCAGGUCUUCGCUUUGCGUGCUCACAGUUGACCAUCCAACGCCUCGACCCCAUCGUCAACCCUGGUCAAAACCCCUCUAGGCAUGUUCACCAGAUCGUUGGCGGCAAUGCUUUCAAUGUCACCAUGACGGGUGAUAUCGGAGCGGAAGCCACCUGCACCACGUGCGAGAUGUCUGAAGAUCUCUCCAACUACUGGACCCCUGUGCUGUACUUCAAGCACCCCACGAACGGCUCUUACCACCGUGUGCCGAUCAUCAAGAAUACCUCUCUCGCGAAUGGUACCAAGGGGGGAAUGACCAUCUACUACACCCCGCACGACUUGUGCAGGGAUGGCCUGGAACAGCAGCCCAUCACGGCCUUCCCAAAGGGAUUCCGUAUGACAGUCGGCAGCCCAACCACCAGCACAGAGGAGCAGGCCAAGGCCCACGCCGGCCUGCGCUUCCAAUGCCUGGUGAACACUCUCAACCGAGGCCCGGAGACGGCGGACUUCCCUACAGAGCCAUGCCCAGGUGGCAUCUUCGCUUCUCACCACUUCCCGGCAUGCUGGGACGGCAAGAACGUUGACAGUCCCGACCACCAGUCUCACAUGUACAACACCAUCGAGGAGGACGGCUUCGAGAACGCGCCCCCAUGCCCGGCCUCCCACCCCGUCCGCGUGCCCCAACUGACACUCGAGACCGUCUGGGACACGACCAAGUUCAACGACAUGUGGCCGAAAGGUGCUCCCAACCCCUUCAUGUGGUCCUUCAAUGGCACCAAGGGUUAUGGCACUCACGCCGAUUAUCUGUUCGGCUGGAAGGACGACUCGCUCCAGCGCGCCAUGAACCAGUCCGAGUGCUUCUACGACGGCUGCGGGAUCCUCGAGAAGCAGACUAUGGACGUUGCCAACCAGUGCACCGUCCCUGAGAUGGUCGGUGAGGAGACUGAUGGAUGGCUCACGGAGCUUCCAGGUCAGGGUGCCGACAUGCCAAUGAAGUAA